GAGAGAGAGAGAGAGAGAUUUUGACGUGCAAGCCACAACCAUGCAAAAAAUAUCUUCUAACAAAGUCUUUUAAUGGACCCAAUGGUUCCAAGAAUAGUCUACCUAUUCUGUAGGGUGAAACUAGUUCUCAUUUGAACUCAAUUCCCCAUAUAUAUAAGUUUCUGUUUCUCUUUGCAAAUAUUGCAAUUGUUUUACCAUUGUUUCUCUCUUUGAUUUCCUUCAUGUUUCAGUAGAUAUAGGUCAUAUAUAUAUCCUAUUUAUUAAGACCUUUGGCAGUGCUUCUAAGAGAUUUGACAAGUCCUCAAAAUCAACCAUGAGAGGUUUCUCAGUACUCUCUACUGCUACCAGAAGAUUGGAAGGAAAAGUUGCCCUGAUCACAGGCGGGGUUGGCGGCAUUGGAUCCUGCACAUCCAAGUUAUUCUGCGAACAGGGUGCCAAAGUCGUGAUUGCCGACGUACAAGACGAUCAGGGCCACUCGAUUUGCAAUGACAUCGGCACAACUCAUGCUUCCUUUGUCCAUUGCGAUGUCACAAACGAGAUCCAUGUCCAAACUGCCAUUAACAAUGUUGUGGCCCAACAUGGCAAGCUUGACAUAAUGUUCAACAAUGCAGGAAUCAUGGAUUCCAGAAGAUCCAGCAUUCUUCAAAAUGACAUAGCUGAGUUUGAGAGUGUCAUUCGCGUUAAUCUCAUAGGUGCAUUUCUAGGCACAAAACACGCAGCUCGCGUGAUGCAACCGGUGCAGCAUGGAAGCAUAGUUAACACAGCUAGCAUUUGCUCGGUGUUUGGUGGCGUAGCCACCCAUGCUUAUACUUGUUCCAAACACGCCAUAUUAGGGCUCACCCGAAACACCGCUGUCGAGCUCGGAAAAUGCGGCAUUCGAGUGAACUGUGUAUCGCCUUAUGCCGUCCCAACACAGAUGGCGAGGAAAUUCUUGAACUUGGAAGAUGAUGAUAUGUUGGACAAUUUGUAUUCUAACCUCUCUGGGGUGGCUCUUAAGCCUGAGGAUGUAGCUCGUGCUGUUCUCUAUCUAGCUAGUGAUGAGUCUAAGUAUGUGAGCGGGCAUAAUUUAAUAGUUGAUGGAGGUUUUACGAUUGUUAAUGAGGGUUUGACAAUGUUUUAAUGAAUUAAUGACAAUGUUUGGCAACGAAAGAUAAAAUUAGGUAUGUAAAUUGUAGUAUGGCUAGUGAAUUUUCUCUGUUUAUUGGAAUUAUGUUUGCAUACAUAUGGUUAGAGAAAUAAAUGAAAUUUUGAUUGAAGGUUGUGAAAUA